AUGGAGUUACCAGACAUAAACCAGUUGUUAGAUGAAAAUGAGUCUGAUGAUGAAGCGUCGGAGGAAAGAGGUCUUGUUCCCUUCGAGAAUGAGACUAGCGAGGCAGUAUAUUCUCAGACGGAGACUAGCGAGGCAGUUGAAGGUCCUGAUCCUAUAGAAACUGAGACAAGCAAGUCGGUUGUUGAUCCUGAUCCCAUAGAGACCGUGGCAGUUGACUCUCAGACCGAGACUAGUGUUGAAACUGAUCCUGCAACAUCUAGUGGAAAACGGGGGGAAAAGAGACCUUGGACAAAAAGUGCUGAGGAAUUUUUGAGAAGAGCUUUCAAAAGUUACCUCACCAGAAAAGCAGCUAGUGUCCACAAUACAGACAUAAUCAUGGCUCAAAACACAUGUGCCGAAUUAUCUGAAAGAUCAAAGGCUCAAAUAAGGUCCAAGUUAAACAACAUGAAGUUGGGGAAAUCAAAAUAAUCUCCUGUGUUACAGAGGAACUGGAGAACAUGACUGUUCCAUCUUUAGAUGAUGUCUGUGCAACUUUAAAGUGUUGCUUUCUGACAAUGAAGCGUAGCUUUAAACGAUUUUUUAUAGAAAAUGAUUUUCGUAAGGUGUUUAUGUGGUCGUUAAUUAAUGCUGAUGAUUCGUGGUUCGAUCUGUGAAUCGUCAUCUCUGACUCGUGGAUCGAAUCGGAUCGCCACUUGACCGGCGAUCCACAGCCCUACAAAUUGGACAAUCAUUAUGUAAUAAUUAAAAUUGAUAAUAGAACUAUCACUAAAAUAUUUUGAUGCUCUUUUCUGACAAUAUUGUCAAUAUUGUCAAACAUUCUAUUUUAUCUAGAAGUCGGAGGCAAAAUUACCUAUUUAUAUUUCAAAGUGAUAUAAACCUUCAAAGCAAAUAAAUAGGAUCCUGAUGAAACAACUACAGAUGCUGUCUCGACGGGGUCCAAACUAUUUACAUAUCAAAUUGGUUACAGGGUUGAUUGUUCAUACUUCUUUAUAUCCAGAAGUUCUUUUUACAAUAUUCAGUUAAAAAAAACUAAUGUCUUGCUGUCAGUUUUUGAUUGCCUCCAACUGUCCCCACUUUCAGGAAACGACUUAAGCCUCUUGGUGGGCCAAUUUGGAAAUUGGUUCCUGAUCCAAUUUUGUUAACAGAUCUGA